CAGCCACACAGAAAAAAAGUUUAAAUCAACUCAGCGCAGAAGAGGGAGGAGGGAGAGAGGAGAAGAAAGGGGGGGGAGAAAACGCCCUGGAAACUUGGUUGAUCAAGAAAUAGGAAAAGAGUGACAGAAUCCUAACAGACUGCAAAGUUGUGACUGGAAGAAGUGCUUUCCUUGGGCUGGGUAGAAGGGGACACGACACGUUUCCAAGGAUGCUCAAGCUGGUGUGAGGCUUCUCGGGCGCAAAGACUGCGCACAGAAGCGAAGAAUUCAAGAAAACCACAGCAUCAAACUGAAGGCCUCGGCCUUGCUUGAGCAAUCCAAGGAAAACCAAGAGAGUGUUUCCAACACACCAGGGCUUAAAUAGAGGAAAGCAAAAACAAGAUGGCUGAAGAGGAGGAAACCAGAGAGGUGCUCUUUCCAGAUUGGGAGGGUCCAGACAAAACUGGCUUGACCAUUGAACAGACAAGUGGAGGAGAGCUCUUUGUCAAGGAGGUCAAAGGAGAGUCACCUGCAGCACGGUCUGGAAAAGUAUAUGAAGGUGACCAGAUUGUGGGCGCCACUGUCUACUUUGAUAACAUGAGCUCGGAAGAAACAGCUGAGCUACUGAAGACGUUGAACCGACACAAGGUUGGACUGAAACUACAAAACAAAUCCCCUUGCUGCUCACCCGUGAGCACACCAUGUCGUUCACCAAUCGGCACCCUGACAUGGGAAGGGAAGACCCGGUUUGGAGGUUCCAGUCCAGACAUCAUCCUUAGUGGGGAGGAUGAGGACUAUAAGAGAAUAUACACAAAAAAGAUUAAACCAAGGCUGAAGUCUGAAGACCUUGCAGAGGGAGUGGAUGUUCGCACAGAGCGGCAUAGCAGCACAAGCAGCGAUGGCAGCACAAUUACUACCAUCACCCGCCGCAUCACUACUUACACCGUGGAUAUGCCGGGUGGCAUAAGUGAGCAACUUGAACUGUCAAGCCCAGAGUUUAAGGGGCUACAACAAGAAUCCGGAGAUGGCACUUCUUACAUCAGAAUCUCACAUGGCAGCCCUUCAGGUAACGUGAAACCAGAAGAGGGAGUUUUUGAGUCAAGCAAUGUAUCUGUCAGUGGGCCACAAGUCAGCUCCACAGAGACACGCUGGAGCAGUGGGGGGGUUCAGAUUAAAACAACUACAAGAGAGGUAGAAAGAGACAGAGGUCCAGGUCUUGGAUUUAAAGGGUCUAACUUUGGACCAACAGGGGCUAAAGGCCAGGGAGACUUUGAGAUCUUAAGAGGGAGUGGAGAACAAGGUGACAGAAAUAUUCAGUUGUCAGGAACAAGCAAGACACUAAGAGACAGCACAAACACUGGUAGUAAGUAUGUUACAAUAGGAGGAGGAUUGGUAGGUGGAGAGGUAACCUCAACUGAUGAGAACGGAGGGUCAAUUAGUAUGUCCUUACCAGGAAAAAGCAUGCAGAUUUUGACGUCAUCCAUAGAUAAAACCCAAGAGGGAAGUGCUGACGCCAGUUCUGGUGAAAGGACAAAGGUGAAGGUAUCUGAGGAAAAGGGAUCAGGCAGUAUUGAUCUUCCAAAUGUCAGACUUGGUGGAGGUUCCAUAAGUAGUGAUGCUGAAUUGAGAGGUGGCAGGAUAGGAGGAACAACAACAACAGGAAUAACAGUAGGCAAUGUUACCUCAGGAUAUUCCUCAAGGCCAGGCAAGAUUUCAGUGGCAGGUGUGGAUGUCAACCUUACAGCUUCAAAGUUGAAAGGUGAGGUUGAUGACAACUUGCCAAGCACAAAGGGAGGAAUAAAAUCAUCUAGAAUAGACACUGAAGUCCCAGGCUAUGAAUAUGAAGAAGUGCGAAAACCAGAAGCAGACAUCAGAGGGAUAGAUACGCAGAUCAGAGGUCCAAGUUCUAACACUGAAGGGACAGUUGUCAGUGUAAGACUUUCAGAGGCUGACUUCAAAGCACCCGAAAUCAACUCUAGCAUUCAAACCAAUGUACCAAAGAGUGAUAGCAAAUACAAAGUGGAAGUGUCAAAGGUAAAAAUUCCAUCUUUAUCUGGGCCAGAUACAGAUUUGAACCUGAAGGGUUCCAAGGCAGAGGGAGGGAUUGAUGUAGCAGUGCUAAAGCCUGAGGGAGAACUAAAGGCACCCAAAAUAGACAUUAAAGGCCCAGCUAUAAACAUUGAGGGGGAAGAAGGAGAUUUAAAAAUGCCUCAAAUAAAGAUACGAUCAUAUGGGGCCAAGGGACCAAGAGUUGACAUAAAAGCACCUAAGGCUGGCAUUGAAGCACCAGAGGUUGAUGGUGAAGGAGUGAAAUUCAAGAUGCCAUCCAAAACAGGACCCACAAUGCCAGAAUCAGACAUCAGCCUGAAAGGAAGUAAGGUGAAGGUAGAAAUGGAUGUGUCAGUUCCAAAAAUUGAGAGACACACAACAAAACCUGAAGUUGAGACAAACAUUAAUGUGAAAGCACCUAGUGUUGACAUUCAUAGGGCAGAUGUUGACACUGAAGGACCAAAUGCAACACUCAAAGAAGCCAAAUUCAACAUACCAACCACAUCAGGAACAAAAAUCUCCAUGCCAAGUGUGGAUUUCAGUCAGAGAGGACCGGAAAUCAAAGGGGACGUGGAUGUGUCAGCUCCAAAGAUAGAGGGAGACAUUAAAACACCUGGAGUUGAUAUUAAAGGGCCAAAGAGUGGAUUUGGUAUAAAAACUCCAACAAUGGAGGGUCCAGAUGUAAAACUUCCCAAGACUAAUAUUGAUGUUAAGGCACCUGAAUUUGACAUGAAAGGUCCAGGGUUUGAUAUUAAAGGCCCUGAGGCAAAAAUCACAGGACCAGAAUUUAAACUACCAUCAACAUCAGCACCCAAGCUGCCAGAUGUGGAUAUGAGUCUGGAAGGGCCCACGAUAACGGGAGACAUUGACGUGUCAGUUCCAAAAAUAGUGGGUGAAAUGAAAAGUCCCAAAGUCAAAAUUGAAGGACAGGAUGUUGACAUUGAGGGCCGCAAAGGAGAAUUUAAAAUGCCUAAAUUCAGCAAGCCAUCCUUGGGGAUUAAAGGUCCUAAAGUGCAGAGUCAGAAAGUUGAUGUUAGCCUCCCAAAAGCUAAUAUUGAUAUCAAAGCCCCUGAAGUGGAUAUUACAGGACCACACAUUAAAACACCUGAGCUUGACAUCAAAGGUCCAUCAGUUGACACUGAAGGUCCAAAAGGAGGAUUUGAAAUGCCAAAAAUCAAAAUGCCAACAUUUGACAUCAAAGGUCCAAAAGUGGAGGGUCCAGAUGUUGAUAUCAACCUUCCCAAAGGUGGCAUCGAUGUAAAAAUGCCUGAAGUAGAUAUUAAAGCUCCCAAGGUUGAUAUCGAAGGACCAGAUGUUGAUAUUGAAGGCCCAGAAGGAGGAUUUAAAAUGCCUAAAAUUGGCUUGCCAAAGUUUGGGUUGAAAGGUCCAAGAGUGGAGGGUCCAGAAGUUGAUGUCAGCCUCCCAAAAGCUGAUAUUGAUAUCAAAGCCCCUGAAGUGGAUAUCAAAGGUCCAGAUCUUGACAUUGAGAGUCCAAGUGGUAAAAUCAAGGGACCCAAAAUCAGCAUGCCAAAAAUUUCAGGACCAAAGCUUUCCAUGCCAGAUGUGGAUAUCAAUCUGAAAGGUUCCAAUCUCAAAGGUGAUGUGGAUGUGUCAGUGCCAAAGAUAGAGGGAGACAUUAAAACACCUGAGCUGGACAUCAAAGGUCCACAGGUUGACAUUAAAGGUCCGAAAGGAGGAUUUGAAAUGCCAAAAGUCAAAAUGCCAACAUUUGACAUCAAAGGUCCAAAAGUGGAGGGUCCAGAUGUUGAUAUCAACCUUCCCAAAGGUGGCAUUGAUGUAAAAUUGCCUGAGGUAGAUAUGAAAGCUCCCAAGGUUGACAUAGAAGGACCAGAUCUUGAUAUUGAAGGCCCAAAAGGAGGAUUUAAAAUGCCUAAAUUUGGCUUGCCAAAGUUUGGGUCCAAAGGUCCAAAAGUGGAGGGUCCAGAAGUUGAUGUCAGCCUCCCAAAAGCUGAUAUUGAUAUCAAAGCCCCUGAAGUGGAUAUCAAAGGACCAGAUCUUGACAUUGAGAGUCCAAGUGGUAAAAUCAAGGGACCCAAAAUCAGCAUGCCAAAAAUUUCAGGACCAAAGCUUUCCGCGCCAGAUGUGGAUAUCAAUCUGAAAGGUCCCAAUCUCAAAGGUGAUGUGGAUGUGUCAGUGCCAAAGAUAGAGGGAGACAUUAAAACACCUGAGCUGGACAUCAAAGCUCCCAAGGUUGAUAUCGAAGGACCAGAUCUUAAUAUCGAAGGCUCAAGAGGCGGAUUUAAAAUGCCUAAAUUUGGCUUGCCAAAGUUUGGGUCCAAAGGUCCAAAAGUGGAGGGUCCAGAAGUUGAUGUCAGCCUCCCAAAAGCUGAUAUUGAUAUCAAAGCCCCUGAAGUGGAUAUCAAAGGACCAGAUCUUGACAUUGAGAGUCCAAGUGGUAAAAUCAAGGGACCCAAAAUCAGCAUGCCAAAAAUUUCAGGACCAAAGCUUUCCAUGCCAGAUGUGGAUAUCAAUCUGAGAGGUCCCAAUCUCAAAGGUGAUGUGGAUGUGUCAGUGCCAAAGAUAUAGUGAGAGAUUAAAACACGUGAGCUGGACAUCAAAGCUCCCAAGGUUGAUAUCGAAGGACCAGAUCUUAAUAUCGAAGGCUCAAGAGGCGGAUUUAAAAUGCCUAAAUUUGGCUUGCCAAAGUUUGGGUCCAAAGGUCCAAAAGUGGAGGGUCCAGAAGUUGAUGUCAGCCUCCCAAAAGCUGAUAUUGAUAUCAAAGCCCCUGAAGUGGAUAUCAAAGGACCAGAUCUUGACAUUGAGAGUCCAAGUGGUAAAAUCAAGGGACCCAAAAUCAGCAUGCCAAAAAUUUCAGGACCAAAGCUUUCCAUGCCAGAUGUGGAUAUCAAUCUGAGAGGUCCCAAUCUCAAAGGUGAUGUGGAUGUGUCAGUGCCAAAGAUAGAGGGAGACAUUAAAACACCUGAGCUGGACAUCAAAGGUCCACAGGUUGACAUUAAAGGUCCAAAAGGAGGAUUUGAAAUGCCAAAAAUCAAAAUGCCAACAUUUGACAUCAAAGGUCCAAAAGUGGAGGGUCCAGAUGUUGAUAUCAACCUUCCCAAAGGUGGCAUUGAUGUUAAAAUGCCUGAAGUAGAUAUUAAAGCUCCCAAGGUUGAUAUCGAAGGACCAGAUCUUGACAUCGAAGGCUCAAGAGGAGGAUUUAAAAUGCCGAAAUUUGGCUUGCCAAAGUUUGGGUUGAAAGGUCCAAAAAUGGAGGGUCCAGAAGUUGAUGUCAGCCUCCCAAAAGCUGAUAUUGACAUCAAAGCCCCUGAAGUGGAUAUCAAAGGACCAGAUCUUGACAUUGAGAGUCCAAGUGGUAAAAUCAAGGGACCCAAAAUCAGCAUGCCAAAAAUUUCAGGACCAAAGCUUUCCAUGCCAGAUGUGGAUAUCAAUCUGAGAGGUCCCAAUCUCAAAGGUGAUGUGGAUGUGUCAGUGCCAAAGAUAGAGGGAGACAUUAAAACACCUGAACUGGACAUCAAAGGUCCACAGGUUGACAUUAAAGGACCAGAUCUUGACAUCGAAGGCUCAAGAGGAGGAUUUAAAAUGCCGAAAUUUGGCUUGCCAAAGUUUGGGUCCAAAGGUCCAAAAAUGGAGGGUCCAGAAGUUGAUGUCAGCCUCCCAAAAGCUGAUAUUGAUAUCAAAGCCCCUGAAGUGGAUAUCAAAGGACCAGAUCUUGACAUUGAGAGUCCAAGUGGUAAAAUCAAGGGACCCAAAAUCAGCAUGCCAAAAAUUUCAGGACCAAAGCUUUCCAUGCCAGAUGUGGAUUUCAAUCUGAGAGGUCCCAAUCUCAAAGGUGAUGUGGAUGUGUCAGUGCCAAAGAUAGAGGGAGACAUUAAAACACCUGAGCUGGACAUCAAAGGUCCACAGGUUGAUAUCGAAGGACCAGAUCUUGACAUCGAAGGCUCAAGAGGAGGAUUUAAAAUGCCGAAAUUUGGCUUGCCAAAGUUUGGGUUGAAAGGUCCAAAAAUGGAGGGUCCAGAAGUUGAUGUCAGCCUCCCAAAAGCUGAUAUUGACAUCAAAGCCCCUGAAGUGGAUAUCAAAGGACCAGAUCUUGACAUUGAGAGUCCAAGUGGUAAAAUCAAGGGACCCAAAAUCAGCAUGCCAAAAAUUUCAGGACCAAAGCUUUCCAUGCCAGAUGUGGAUAUCAAUCUGAGAGGUCCCAAUCUCAAAGGUGAUGUGGAUGUGUCAGUGCCAAAGAUAGAGGGAGACAUUAAAACACCUGAACUGGACAUCAAAGGUCCACAGGUUGACAUUAAAGCUCCCAAGGUUGAUAUCGAAGGACCAGAUCUUAAUAUCGAAGGCUCAAGAGGAGGAUUUAAAAUGCCUAAAUUUGGCUUGCCAAAGUUUGGGUCCAAAGGUCCAAAAAUGGAGGGUCCAGAAGUUGAUGUCAGCCUCCCAAAAGCUGAUAUUGAUAUCAAAGCCCCUGAAGUUGAUAUCAAAGGACCAGAUCUUGACAUUGAGAGUCCAAGUGGUAAAAUCAAGGGACCCAAAAUCAGCAUGCCAAAAAUUUCAGGACCAAAGCUUUCCAUGCCAGAUGUGGAUUUCAAUCUGAGAGGUCCCAGUCUCAAAGGUGAUGUGGAUGUGUCAGUGCCAAAGAUAGAGGGAGACAUUAAAACACCUGAGCUGGACAUCAAAGGUCCACAGGUAGAUAUUAAUGCUCCCAAGGUUGAUAUUGAAGGACCAGAUCUUAAUAUCGAAGGUCCGAAAGGAGGAUUUAAAAUGCCUAAAUUCAGCUUGCCACACUUUGGGUCCAAAGGUCCAAAAGUGGAGGGUCCAGAAGUUGAUGUCAGCCUCCCAAAAGCUGAUAUUGAUAUCAAAGCCCCUGAAGUGGAUAUCAAAGGACCAGAUCUUGACAUUGAGAGUCCAAGUGGUAAAAUCAAGGGACCCAAAUUCAGCAUGCCAAAAAUUUCAGGACCAAAACUUUCCAUGCCAGAUGUGGAUUUCAAUCUGAGAGGUCCCAAUCUCAAAGGUGAUGUGGAUGUGUCAGUGCCAAAGAUAGAGGGAGACAUUAAAACACCUGAGCUUGACAUCAAAGGUCCACAGGUUGACAUUAAAGGUCCGAAAGGAGGAUUUGAAAUGCCAAAAGUCAAAAUGCCAACAUUUGACAUCAAAGGUCCAAAAGUGGAGGGUCCAGAUGUUGAUAUCAACCUUCCCAAAGGUGGCAUUGAUGUAAAACUGCCUGAAGUAAAUAUUAAAGCUCCCAAGGUUGAUAUCGAAGGACCAGAUCUUGAUAUCGAAGGUCCAAAAGGAGGAUUUAAAAUGCCUAAAUUCAGCUUGCCACACUUUGGGUCCAAAGGUCCAAAAGUGGAGGGUCCAGAAGUUGAUGUCAGCCUCCCAAAAGCUGAUAUUGAUAUCAAAGCCCCUGAAGUGGAUAUCAAAGGACCAGAUCUUGACAUUGAGAGUCCAAGUGGUAAAAUCAAAGGACCCAAAUUCAGCAUGCCAAAAAUUUCAGGACCAAAACUUUCCAUGCCAGAUGUUGAUUUCAAUCUGAGAGGUCCCAGUCUCAAAGGUGAUGUGGAUGUGUCAGUGCCAAAGAUAGAGGGAGACAUUAAAACACCUGAGCUGGACAUCAAAGGUCCACAGGUUGACAUUAAAGGUCCGAAAGGAGGAUUUGAAAUGCCAAAAAUCAAAAUGCCAACAUUUGACAUGAAAGGUCCAAAAGUGGAGGGUCCAGAUGUUGAUAUCAACCUUCCCAAAGGUCCAAAAGUGGAGGGUCCAGAAGUUGAUGUCAGCCUCCCAAAAGCUGAUAUUGAUAUCAAAGCCCCUGAAGUGGAUAUCAAAGGACCAGAUCUUGACAUUGAGAGUCCAAGUGGUAAAAUCAAGGGACCCAAAUUCAACAUGCCAAAAAUUUCAGGACCAAAACUUUCCAUGCCAGAUGUGGAUUUCAAUCUGAGAGGUCCCAAUCUCAAAGGUGAUAUGGAUGUGUCAGUGCCAAAGAUAGAGGGAGACAUUAAAACACCUGAGCUGGACAUCAAAGGUCCACAGGUUGACAUUAAAGGUCCGAAAGGAGGAUUUGAAAUGCCAAAAGUCAAAAUGCCAACAUUUGACAUCAAAGGUCCAAAAGUGGAGGGUCCAGAUUUUGAUAUCAACCUUCCCAAAGGUGGCAUUGAUGUAAAAAUGCCUGAGGUAGAUAUUAAAGCUCCCAAGGUUGAUAUCGAAGGACCAGAUCUUGAUAUUGAAGGCCCUAAAGGAGAAUUUAAAAUGCCUAAAUUCAGCUUGCCACACUUUGGGUCCAAAGGUCCAAAAGUGGAGGGUCCAGAAGUUGAUGUCAGCCUCCCAAAAGCUGAUAUUGAUAUCAAAGCCCCUGAAGUGGAUAUCAAAGGACCAGAUCUUGACCUUGAGGGUCCAAGUGGUAAAAUCAAAGGUCCCAAAUUCAGCAUGCCAAAAAUUUCAGGACCAAAACUCUCCAUGCCAGAUGUGGAUUUCAAUCUGAGAGGUCCCAAUCUCAAAGGUGAUGUGGAUGUGUCAGUGCCAAGGAUAGAGGGAGAAAUUAAAACGCCUGAGCUGGACAUCAAAGGUCCACAGGUUGAUAUUAAAGGUCCGAAAGGAGGAUUUGAAAUGCCAAAAAUCAAAAUGCCAACAUUUGACAUCAAAGGUCCAAAGGUGGAGGGUCCAGAUGUUGAUAUCAACCUUCCCAAAGGUGGCAUUGAUGUAAAAAUGCCUGAAGUAGAUAUUAAAGCUCCCAAGGUUGAUAUCGAAGGACCAGAUCUUGAUAUCGAAGGCCCAAAAGGAGGAUUUCAUAUGCCUAAAUUUGGCUUGCCAAAGUUUGGGUUGAAAGGUCCAAGAGUGGAGGGUCCAGAAGUUGAUGUCAGCCUCCCAAAAGCUGAUAUUGAUAUCAAAGCCCCUGAAGUGGAUAUCAAAGGACCAGAUCUUGACAUUGAGAGUCCAAGUGGUAAAAUCAAAGGACCCAAAUUCAGCAUGCCAAAAAUUUCGGGACCAAAACUUUCCAUGCCAGAUGUGGACUUCAAUAUGAGAGUUCCCAGUCUCAAAGGUGAUGUGGAUGUGUCAGUGCCAAAGAUAGAGGGAGACAUUAAAACGCCUGAGCUGGACAUCAAAGGUCCACAGGUUGAUAUUAAAGGUCCAGAGGUAGAUAUCCAAGGGCCUAAGGGUGGAUUUGAAAUGCCUAAAAUCAAAAUGCCAUCAAUAUCAGGACCCAAGAUGCCAGAUGUGGAUAUCAGUUUAAAAGGACCCAAGAUAAAGGGAGAUAUCUCAGCUCCAAAGAUCGAGGGAGACAUAAAAACACCUCAAGGUGAGAUUAAAGUUCCUAAUGUGGAAUUUGAAAUUCCCGAGGGAGAACUUAGUGGGCCAAAGGUGAAGUUACCAAAAGUAUCUGGACCAAAAAUAUCUUUGCCAGAUGUUGACAUCAAAGUAAAGGGGCCAAAGCUGAAGGGUGACUUGAAAGGAGAUGUUCAACUGCCAAAAACAGAAAUUGAAGGACCAGAUGUUACCAUUGAUGUGCCAGAAAUUGGCACAAAGAAAACUAAAUUUAAACUGCCAAAGUUUGGAUUUAAGGGCCCAAAGGUAAAAGGACCCGAAACUGAUGUGAAAAUGGGAAAAGGAGAUAUAAAUAUCAAAGGGAAGACUGGAAGCUCUGAAGGUCUUAAUCUUGACCUGGGAAUUACUGGUCCAAAAAGUAAGGGCUCAAAAUUCAAGAUGCCAAAAUUUAGUAUGAAAGGCUCAAAGGUUGAAAUGCCAGAAGUUGAUGUCAGCCUCCCAAAAGCUGAUAUUGAUAUCAAAGCCCCUGAAGUGGAUAUCAAAGGACCAGAUCUUGACAUUGAGAGUCCAAGUGGUAAAAUCAAAGGACCCAAAUUCAGCAUGCCAAAACUUUCAGGACCGAAACUUUCCAUGCCAGAUGUGGAUUUCAAUCUGAAGGGUCCCAGUCUCAAAGGUGAUGUGGAUGUGUCAGUGCCAAAGAUAGAGGGAGACAUUAAAACACCUGAGCUGGACAUCAAAGGUCCACAGGUUGACAUUAAAGGUCCGAAAGGAGGAUUUGAAAUGCCAAAAAUCAAGAUGCCAACAUUUGACAUGAAAGGUCCAAAACUGGAGGGUCCAGAUGUUGAUAUCAAUCUUCCCAAAGGUGGCAUUGAUGUUGAAAUGCCUGAGAUAGAUAUUAAAGCUCCCAAGGUCGAUAUCGAAGGACCAGAUCUUGAUAUCGAAGGCCCGAAAGGAGGAUUUAAAAUGCCAAAAAUCCAAAUGCCAACAUUUGACAUGAAAGGUCCAAAACUGGAGGGUCCAGAUGUUGAUAUCAACCUUCCCAAAGGUGGCAUUGAUGUAAAAAUGCCUGAACUAGAUAUUAAAGCUCCCAAGGUUGAUAUCGAAGGACCAGAUCUUGAUAUCGAAGGCCCAAAAGGAGGAUUUCAUAUGCCUAAAUUUGGCUUGCCAAAGUUUGGGUCCAAAGGUCCAAAAGUGGAGGGUCCAGAAGUUGAUGUCAAUCUCCCAAAAGCUGAUAUUGAUAUCAAAGCCCCUGAAGUGGAUAUCAGAGGACCAGAUCUUGACAUUGAGAGUCCAAGUGGUAAAAUCAAAGGACCCAAAUUCAGCAUGCCAAAACUUUCAGGACCAAAACUUUCCAUGCCAGAUGUGGAUUUCAAUCUGAGAGGUCCCAAUCUCAAAGGUGAUGUGGAUGUGUCAGUGCCAAAGAUAGAGGGAGACAUUAAAACACCUGAGCUGGACAUCAAAGGUCCACAGGUUGAUAUUGAAGGACCAGAUCUUGAUAUCGAAGGCCCAAAAGGAGGGUUUCAUAUGCCUAGAUUCGGCUUGCCAAAGUUUGGGUUGAAAGGUCCAAAAGUGGAGGGUCCAGAAGUUGAUGUCAAUCUCCAAAAACCUGAUAUUGAUAUCAAAGCCCCUGAAGUGGAUAUCAAAGGACCAGAUCUUGACAUUGAGAGUCCAAGUGGUAAAAUCAAAGGACCCAAAUUCAGCAUGCCAAAAAUUUCAGGACCAAAACUUUCCAUGCCAGAUGUGGAUUUCAAUCUGAGAGGUCCCAGUCUCAAAGGUGAUGUGGAUGUGUCAGUGCCAAAGAUAGAGGGAGACAUUAAAACACCUGAGCUGGACAUCAAAGGUCCACAGGUUGACAUUAAAGGUCCGAAAGGAGGAUUUGAAAUGCCAAAAAUCAAAAUGCCAACAUUUGACAUCAAAGGUCCAAAAGUGGAGGGUCCAGAUUUUGAUAUCAACCUUCCCAAAGGUGGCAUUGAUGUAAAAAUGCCUGAACUAGAUAUUAAAGCUCCCAAGGUUGAUAUUGAAGGACCAGAUCUUGAUAUCGAAGGCCCAAAAGGAGGGUUUCAUAUGCCUAAAUUUGGCUUGCCAAAGUUUGGGUCCAAAGGUCCAAAAGUGGAGGGUCCAGAAGUUGAUGUCAUCCUACCCAAAGCUGAAAUUGAUAUGAAAGACCCUGAAGUGGAUAUCAAAGGACCAGAUCUUGACAUUGAGAGUCCAAGUGGUAAAAUCAAAGGACCCAAAUUCAACAUGCCAAAAAUUUCAGGACCAAAACUUUCCAUGCCAGAUGUUGAUUUCAAUCUGAGAGGUCCCAAUCUCAAAGGUGAUGUGGAUGUGUCAGUGCCAAAGAUAGAGGGUCCAGAUGUUGAUAUCAACCUUCCCAAAGGUGGCAUUGAUGUUGAAAUGCCUGACGUAGAUAUAAAAGCACCCAAGGUUGAUAUAGAAGGACCAGAUCUUGAUAUCGAAGGCCCAAAAGGAGGAUUUCAUAUGCCUAAAUUCGGCUUGCCAAAGUUUGGGUGGAAAGGUCCAAAAGUGGAGGGUCCAGAAGUUGAUGUCAGCCUCCCAAAAGCUGAUAUUGAUAUCAAAGCCCCUGAAGUGGAUAUCAAAGGACCAGAUCUUGACAUUGAGAGUCCAAGUGGUAAAAUCAAAGGACCCAAAUUCAGCAUGCCAAAAAUUUCAGGACCAAAACUUUCCAUGCCAGAUGUGGAUUUCAAUCUGAGAGGUCCCAGUCUCAAAGGUGAUGUGGAUGUGUCAGUGCCAAAGAUAGAGGGAGACAUUAAAACACCAGAGCUGGACAUCAAAGGUCCACAGGUUGACAUUAAAGGUCCAAAAGGAGGAUUUGAAAUGCCAAAAAUCAAAAUGCCAACAUUUGACAUGAAAGGUCCAAAAGUGGAGGGUCCAGAUGUUGAUAUCAACCUUCCCAAAGGUGGCAUUGAUGUAAAAAUGCCUGAAGUAGAUAUUAAAGCUCCCAAGGUUGAUAUCGAAGGACCAGAUCUUGAUAUCGAAGGCCCAAAGGAGGUUAAAAUGCCUAAAUUCAGCUUGCCACACUUUGGGUCCAAAGGUCCAAAAGUGGAGGGUCCAGAAGUUGAUGUCAGCCUCCCAAAAGCUGAUAUUGAUAAAAGCCCUGAAGUGGAUAUCAAAGGACCAGAUCUUGACAUUGAGAGUCCAAGUGGUAAAAUCAAAGGACCCAAAUUCAGCAUGCCAAAAAUUUCAGGACCAAAACUUUCCAUGCCAGAUGUGGAUUUCAAUCUGAGAGGUCCCAGUCUCAAAGGUGAUGUGGAUGUGUCAGUGCCAAAGAUAGAGGGAGACAUUAAAACACCAGAGCUUGACAUCAAAGCUCCCAAGGUUGAUAUUGAAGGACCAGAUCUUGACAUCGAAGGCCCAAAAGGAGGGUUUCAUAUGCCUAAAUUUGGCUUGCCAAAGUUUGGGUCCAAAGGUCCAAAAGUGGAGGGUCCAGAAGUUGAUGUCAGCCUCCCAAAAGCUGAUAUUGAUAUCAAAGCCCCUGAAGUGGAUAUCAAAGGACCAGAUCUUGACAUUGAGAGUCCAAGUGGUAAAAUCAAAGGACCCAAAUUCAGCAUGCCAAAAAUUUCAGGACCAAAACUUUCCAUGCCAGAUGUGGAUUUCAAUCUGAGAGGUCCCAGUCUCAAAGGUGAUGUGGAUGUGUCAGUGCCAAAGAUAGAGGGAGACAUUAAAACACCUGAGCUCAAUAUCAAAGGUCCAUCAGUUGAUAUUGAAGGACCAGAUCUUGACAUCGAAGGCCCAAAAGGAGGGUUUCAUAUGCCUAAAUUUGGCUUGCCACACUUUGGGUCCAAGGGUCCAAAAGUGGAGGGUCCAGAAGUUGAUGUCAGCCUCCCAAAAGCUGAUAUUGAUAUCAAAGCCCCUGAAGUGGAUAUCAAAGGACCAGAUCUUGACAUUGAGAGUCCAAGUGGUAAAAUCAAAGGACCCAAAUUCAGCAUGCCAAAAAUUUCAGGACCAAAACUUUCCAUGCCAGAUGUGGAUUUCAAUCUGAGAGGUCCCAAUCUCAAAGGUGAUGUGGAUGUGUCAGUGCCAAAGAUAGAGGGAGACAUUAAAACACCAGAGCUGGACAUCAAAGGUCCACAGGUUGACAUUAAAGGUCCAAAAGGAGGAUUUGAAAUGCCAAAAAUCAAAAUGCCAACAUUUGACAUCAAAGGUCCAAAAGUGGAGGGUCCAGAUGUUGAUAUCAACCUUCCCAAAGGUGGCAUUGAUGUUGAAUUGCCUGACGUAGAUAUGAAAGCACCCAAGGUUGAUAUCGAAGGACCAGAUCUUGAUAUUGAAGGCCCAAAAGGAGGAUUUCAUAUGCCUAGAUUCGGCUUGCCAAAGUUUGGGUCCAAAGGUCCAAAAGUGGAGGGUCCAGAAGUUGAUGUCAGCCUCCCAAAAGCUGAUAUUGAUAUCAAAGCCCCUGAAGUGGAUAUCAAAGGACCAGAUCUUGACAUUGAGAGUCCAAGUGGUAAAAUCAAGGACCCAAUUCAGCAUGCCAAAAUUUCAGGACCAAAACUUUCCAUGCCAGAUGUUGAUUUCAAUCUGAGAGGUCCCAAUCUCAAAGGUGAUGUGGAUGUGUCAGUGCCAAAGAUAGAGGGAGACAUUAAAACACCUGAGCUGGACAUCAAAGGUCCACAGGUUGAUAUUGAAGGACCAGAUCUUGAUAUUGAAGGCCCAAAAGGAGGAUUUCAUAUGCCUAGAUUCGGCUUGCCAAAGUUUGGGUCCAAAGGUCCAAAAGUGGAGGGUCCAGAAGUUGAUGUCAAUCUCCAAAAACCUGAUAUUGAUAUCAAAGCCCCUGAAGUGGAUAUCAAAGGACCAGAUCUUGACAUUGAGAGUCCAAGUGGUAAAAUCAAAGGACCCAAAUUCAGCAUGCCAAAAAUUUCAGGACCAAAACUUUCCAUGCCAGAUGUGGAUUUCAAUCUGAGAGGUCCCAAUCUCAAAGGUGAUGUGGAUGUGUCAGUGCCAAAGAUAGAGGGAGACAUUAAAACACCUGAGCUGGACAUCAAAGGUCCACAGGUUGAUAUUGAAGGACCAGAUCUUGAUAUCGAAGGCCCAAAAGGAGGGUUUCAUAUGCCUAAAUUUGGCUUGCCAAAGUUUGGGUCCAAAGGUCCAAAAGUGGAGGGUCCAGAAGUUGAUGUCAGCCUCCCAAAAGCUGAUAUUGAUAUCAAAGCCCCUGAAGUGGAUAUCAAAGGACCAGAUCUUGACAUUGAGAGUCCAAGUGGUAAAAUCAAAGGACCCAAAUUCAGCAUGCCAAAACUUUCAGGACCAAAACUUUCCAUGCCAGAUGUGGAUUUCAAUCUGAGAGGUCCCAAUCUCAAAGGUGAUGUGGAUGUGUCAGUGCCAAAGAUAGAGGGAGACAUUAAAACACCUGAGCUGGACAUCAAAGGUCCACAGGUUGACAUUAAAGGUCCGAAAGGAGGAUUUGAAAUGCCAAAAAUCAAAAUGCCAACAUUUGACAUCAAAGGUCCAAAAGUGGAGGGUCCAGAUGUUGAUAUCAACCUUCCCAAAGGUGGCAUUGAUGUAAAAAUGCCUGAACUAGAUAUGAAAGCUCCCAAGGUUGAUAUCGAAGGACCAGAUCUUGAUAUCGAAGGCCCAAAAGGAGGAUUUAAAAUGCCUAAAUUUGGCUUGCCAAAGUUUGGGUCCAAAGGUCCAAAAGUGGAGGGUCCAGAAGUUGAUGUCAGCCUCCCAAAAGCUGAUAUUGAUAUCAAAGCCCCUGAAGUGGAUAUCAAAGGACCAGAUCUUGACAUUGAGAGUCCAAGUGGUAAAAUCAAAGGACCCAAAUUCAGUGUGCCAAAAAUUUCUGGACCAAAACUUUCCAUGCCAGAUGUGGAUUUCAAUCUGAGAGGUCCCAGUCUCAAAGGUGAUGUGGAUGUGUCAGUGCCAAAGAUAGAGGGAGACAUUAAAACACCAGAGCUUGACAUCAAAGGUCCAACAGGAGGAUUUGAAAUGCCAAAAAUCAAAAUGCCAACAUUUGACAUGAAAGGUCCAAAACUGGAGGGUCCAGAUGUUGAUAUCAACCUUCCCAAAGGUGGCAUUGAUGUAAAAAUGCCUGAGGUAGAUAUCAAAGCUCCCAAGGUUGAUAUCGAAGGACCAGAUUUUGAUAUCGAAGGCCCAAAAGGAGGAUUUAAAAUGCCUAAAUUCAGCUUGCCACACUUUGGUUCCAAAGGUCCAAAAGUGGAGGGUCCAGAAGUUGAUGUCAGCCUCCCAAAAGCUGAUAUUGACAUCAAAGCCCCUGAAGUGGAUAUCAAAGGACCAGAUCUUGACAUUGAGAGUCCAAGUGGUAAAAUCAAAGGACCCAAAUUCAGCAUGCCAAAAAUUUCGGGACCAAAACUUUCCAUGCCAGAUGUGGAUUUCAAUCUGAGAGGUCCCAAUCUCAAAGGUGAUGUGGAUGUGUCAGUGCCAAAGAUAGAGGGAGACAUUAAAACACCUGAGCUGGACAUCAAAGGUCCGAAAGGAGGAUUUGAAAUGCCAAAAAUCAAAAUGCCAACAUUUGACAUGAAAGGUCCAAAGGUGGAGGGUCCAGAUGUUGAUAUCAACCUUCCCAAAGGUGGCAUUGAUGUAAAAAUGCCUGAACUAGAUAUCGAAGCUCCCAAGGUUGAUAUCGAAGGACCAGAUCUUGAUAUCGAAGGCCGAAAAGGAGGAUUUAAAAUGCCUAAAUUCGGCAUGCCACACUUCGGGUCCAAGGGUCCAAAAGUGGAGGGUCCAGAUGUUGAUAUCAACCUUCCCAAAGGUGGCAUUGAUGUAAAAAUGCCUGAGGUAGAUAUCAAAGCUCCCAAGGUUGAUAUUGAAGGACCAGAUUUUGAUAUCGAAGGCCCAAAAGGAGGAUUUCAUAUGCCCAAAUUUGGCUUGCCAAAGUUUGGGUUGAAAGGUUCAAAAGUGGAGGGUCCAGAAGUUGAUGUCAGCCUCCCAAAAGCUGAUAUUGAUAUCAAAGCCCCUGAAGUGGAUAUCAAAGGACCAGAUCUUGACAUUGAGGGUCCAAGUGGUAAAAUCAAAGGACCCAAAUUCAACAUGCCAAAACUUUCAGGACCAAAACUUUCCAUGCCAGAUGUUGAUUUUAAUCUGAGAGGUCCCAAUCUCAAAGGUGAUCUGGAUGUGUCAGUGCCAAAGAUAGAGGGAGACAUUAAAACACCUGAGCUCGACAUCAAAGGUCCACAGGUUGACAUUAAAGGUCCAAAAGGAGGAUUUGAAAUGCCAAAAAUCAAAAUGCCAACAUUUGACAUGAAAGGUCCAAAAGUGGAGGGUCCAGAUGUUGAUAUCAACCUUCCCAAAGGUGGCAUUGAUGUAAAAAUGCCUGAGGUAGAUAUGAAAGCUCCCAAGGUCGAUAUUGAAGGACCAGAUCUUGAUAUCGAAGGCCCAAAAGGAGGAUUUAAAAUGCCUAAAUUCGGCUGGCCAAAGUUUGGGUGGAAAGGCCCAAAGGUGGAGAGCCCAGAAGUUGACGUCAGCCUCCCAAAAGCUGAUAUUGAUAUCAAAGCCCCUGAAGUGGAUAUCAAAGGACCAGAUCUUGACAUUGAGAGUCCAAGUGGUAAAAUCAAAGGACCCAAAUUCAACAUGCCAAAAAUUUCAGGACCAAAACUUUCCAUGCCAGAUGUUGAUUUCAAUCUGAGAGGUCCCAAUCUCAAAGGUGAUGUGGAUGUGUCAGUGCCAAAGAUAGAGGGAGACAUUAAAACACCAGAGUUUGACAUCAAAGGUCCACAGGUUGACAUUAAAGGUCCAAAAGGAGGAUUUGAAAUGCCAAAAAUCAAAAUGCCAACAUUUGACAUGAAAGGUCCAAAAGUGGAGGGUCCAGAUGUUGAUAUCAACCUUCCCAAAGGUGGCAUUGAUAUAAAAAUGCCUGAACUAGAUAUGAAAGCUCCCAAGGUUGAUAUUGAAGGACCAGAUCUUGAUAUCGAAGGCCCAAAAGGAGGAUUUAAAAUGCCUAAAUUCGGCUUGCCACACUUUGGAUUGAAAGGUCCAAAAAUAGAGAGUCCAGAAGUUGAUGUCAGCCUCCCAAAAGCUGAUAUUGAUAUCAAAGCCCCUGAAGUGGAUAUCAAAGGACCAGAUCUUGACAUUGAGAGUCCAAGUGGUAAAAUCAAAGGACCCAAAUUCAACAUGCCAAAAAUUUCCGGACCAAAACUUUCCAUGCCAGAUAUGGAUUUCAAUCUGAGAGGUCCCAAUCUCAAAGGUGAUGUGGAUGUGUCAGUGCCAAAGAUAGAGGGAGACAUUAAAACACCUGAGCUGGACAUCAGAGGUCCACAGGUUGACAUCAAAGGUCCGAAAGGAGAAUUUGAAAUGCCAAAAAUCAAAAUGCCAACAUUUGACAUCAAAGGUCCAAAAGUGGAGGGUCCAGAUGUUGAUAUCAACCUUCCCAAAGGUGGCAUUGAUGUAAAAAUGCCUGAACUAGAUAUUAAAGCUCCCAAGGUUGAUAUCGAAGGACCAGAUCUUGAUAUCGAAGGCCCAAAAGGAGGAUUUCAUAUGCCUAAAUUUGGCUUGCCAAAGUUUGGGUUGAAAGGUCCAAGAGUGGAGGGUCCAGAAGUUGAUGUCAGCCUCCCAAAAGCUGAUAUUGAUAUCAAAGCCCCUGAAGUAGAUAUCAAAGGACCAGAUCUUGACAUUGAGAGUCCAAGUGGUAAAAUCAAAGGACCCAAAUUCAGCAUGCCAAAAAUUUCUGGACCAAAACUUUCCAUGCCAGAUGUGGAUUUCAAUCUGAGAGGUCCUAAUCUCAAAGGUGAUGUGGAUGUGUCAGUGCCAAAGAUAGAGGGAGACAUUAAAACACCAGAGUUUGACAUCAAAGGUCCACAGGUUGACAUUAAAGGUCCAAAAGGAGGAUUUGAAAUGCCAAAAAUCAAAAUGCCAACAUUUGACAUGAAAGGUCCAAAAGUGGAGGGUCCAGAUGUUGAUAUCAACCUUCCCAAAGGUGGCAUUGAUGUAAAAAUGCCUGAUCUAGAUAUGAAAGCUCCCAAGGUUGAUAUCGAAGGACCAGAUCUUGAUAUCGAAGGCCCAAAAGGAGGAUUUCAUAUGCCUAAAUUUGGUUUGCCAAAGUUUGGGUUGAAAGGUCCAAGAGUGGAGGGUCCAGAAGUUGAUGUCAGCCUCCCAAAAGCUGAUAUUGAUAUCAAAGCCCCUGAAGUGGAUAUCAAAGGACCAGAUCUUGACAUUGAGAGUCCAAGUGGUAAAAUCAAAGGACCCAAAUUCAGCAUGCCAAAAAUUUCGGGACCAAAACUUUCCAUGCCAGAUAUGGAUUUCAAUCUGAGAGGUCCCAAUCUCAAAGGUGAUGUGGAUGUGUCAGUGCCAAAGAUAGAGGGAGACAUUAAAACACCUGAGAUUGACGUCAAAGGUCCACAGGUUGACAUUAAAGGUCCAAAAGGAGGAUUUGAAAUGCCAAAAAUCAAAAUGCCAACAUUUGACAUGAAAGGUCCAAAAGUGGAGGGUCCAGAUGUUGAUAUCAACCUUCCCAAAGGUGGCAUUGAUGUAAAAAUGCCUGAACUAGAUAUUAAAGCUCCCAAGGUUGAUAUCGAAGGACCAGAUCUUGAUAUCGAAGGCCCAAAAGGAGGAUUUCAGAUGCCUAAAUUUGGCUUGCCAAAGUUUGGGUCCAAAGGUCCAAAAGUGGAGGGUCCAGAAGUUGAUGUCAGCCUCCCAAAAGCUGAUAUUGAUAUCAAAGCCCCUGAAGUGGAUAUCAAAGGACCAGAUCUUGACAUUGAGAGUCCAAGUGGUAAAAUCAAAGGGCCCAAAUUUAACAUGCCAAAAAUUUCUGGACCAAAACUUUCCAUGCCAGAUGUGGAUUUCAAUCUGAGAGGUCCCAAUCUCAAAGGUGAUGUGGAUGUGUCAGUGCCAAAGAUAGAGGGAGACAUUAAAACACCUGAGCUCAAUAUCAAAGGUCCAUCUGUUGACAUUGAAGGUCCACAAGGAGGAUUUGAAAUGCCAAAAAUGAAAAUGCCAUCACUUGGCUUGAAAGGUCCAAAGUUGGAGGGCCCAAGCGUUGACAUAAAUCUUCCUAAAUCCAACAUUGAUGUUAAAGCACCUCAUGUUGAUUAUAACCUAAAAGGAAAGAUGGAUGCAUCAGCACCCAAACUGGAUGCAGAUAUCAAAGGUCCAAGUACUAACAUUGCAGUACCCACCAUCACAAUGGAAGGUUUGUCCAUUGAUCCUGUAAAGACAGGUGUUACAUUUCCCAAGUUUAAAGGUCCUAAGUUUGGAAUGAAAUCUCCAGAAGUUGAGGGGAAGACACCGACGUUCAGUGUCGGAGUGAAAGGUCCCAAAACAGAAGUUAAUCUCCCAGAUAACGAAGCAAGUCUUGAUGCCCCAGAUAUUAAUAUCAAUGUAAAGGGCAAAAAGGGGAAAUUCAAACUUCCCAAAGGAAAAGGAAAGGUAAAGAAACCUGAUGUUGACAUAGAAACACCAGCAGUAGACCUAGAUGUAGACACACCCCAUUUUCAUGUCAAAGGAACAAAGGUAAAGAAGCCUCUUUUUGGUAAGCUUCAUUUCCCUGAUGUGGAAUUAGAUAUUAAAUCACCAAAGUUAAAAGGAGAUGGAUCUUUUUCAGAGGGAUUCAGAUCACCUGAUACAGAUUUUCCAUCUGCUAGCUUGAACACUGCUAUUGAGGGCUCUGGUAUUGGCGGUCCAAAUGUGAACGUCUCCACUUCUGAUACUGAUGCAAAUCUAAACAGACAAGGAGAGGUUUCCAUGUCUGCUGGUUUUAAAGGCCCAAAAAUAAAUGUGAAGGGUAGUGCAGAGGUUGAUGCAAGUGCGUCAGGGGGGAGUGCAAGUGGUGGCCUUCAUUACCCAGAAGGUACAGUAACAUUUCCCAAAAUCAAGGUACCAAAAUUUGGUAUUGCUCUGCCUCAGUUGGAAGGCCAGGGACAUGGAGGAAAUGUUGAAUCAGCUAGUGGAGGCAUAAACAUACAGUCUCCAUCUGUUAGUUGCCAAGUCAGUUCACAAAAUAUUGAGGUUCCCAGUCCAGAGCUGAGGCACAGUGAAGGAAAGGUUAAGGUAAAGAUGCCAAAAUUGUUUGGGAAAUCAAAAGCAAAGGGCAGUAGUGCAGGUGACCUUCGGGGACCAGAGGUAGAAUUGAGUACAAGUGGAAAAGGUGGUAAGGUACAUGCAGGAGAACUGAUGGGUGGAAAAUUAGAAUUAGAGGGUGAUCCUGGGCUGAGUGUGUCAACGAAAAGCAAGUCAGCCUCAUUGGAUCUAUUUCAGAGAUCACGGCAUCGGUCUUCUUCCGAUGAGGGGGGCCUUGCAGGUAGUUCUCCUUCAGCUCACCUAGAAGCUGAAGGUGGCGACAUUUCAUUAGACCUAGGAGGAAGCAAGGCCAAAGGAAAGAAAGGCAAGUUGAAGUUUGGCACCUUUGGAGGAUUUGGUUCAAAGUCAAAGGGCUCAUAUGAAGUGUCACUUGGUGAGGAAAGUGAAGCAGGCGUUUCUCUACCCUCUAAAAAAUCGAGACUGUCGUCAUCUUCCAGCAGUGACAGUGGUUCAAGAGGUGGUUUCAGGUUCCCAAGACUUGAACUUUCUGUCUCACCAAAAAAAUGAUUAAAUAUGAGGCAAGUUAAACUCUCUCGUGUACACCCACAUACACUUUUCUGAUACGGCAAUUUUUUCAGUCUAAAGCUUUUUAAAGCCUAAGGAGGUGUACAGCCAUCUCAACUUUGUUAACUAUGAGUACUUUGUUUUCAGUAAUUAGACAGGAGUGCAUGAGAUUGUUUAAAAUCCCUUCAAACUGUAAAUAAGAUUAAUUUGUAUUGUAAUAAUAAAUGUUUUUUGUACAUAGUCCAGAUUUAUUGAACAUAUGCCAUCUCACCAAAUUUUCAUCAACAGUUUAUUACAGGGUUUACCUUUUUGUCCUAUUUCAUUCUUUUAAAUGAAUGUUAUUAAUGAACGGGUGUGGUAUAUUUUUAUCCAGGGGUCUAUUGCACAGAACAGAUAGUAACAACAGUAAUUUUGAAGGAAAAUGUUGCUUAUACAUCCAGACACAAAUAUAAACAGUUACCGUUUUUAUGUAAGAAAUUAUUUUAUUUUCAAGCUUGAUAUUAUAUAAUCAAUGCAGAAGCAUAUUUAGGCAACAUAGAGCUGGCCCUUUGUAAUACAUUCUAAAGAGUAAUGGUGUUGUACAUACCAUAAUUGCAAAGACAAUCGCUGUUUGGAAACUAUAAAUCUCUCUGAAGUGCUGUCAGUACUUUUCUGUUCAUUUUUAAGAAACUUUAUUCACCCUCUGAUUUUGUGCCAUUUACCAAAAAAUAUGCAUUGUUUCAUUUGUUUUAAACAUGUUUUGUUUCCUAAUCCUGUCAUUUUCAUUUUUACCUGUUUUAUGAUCCUCAGUAUUUUAUUUCAUGUCACUCUCUCUUUGUACACAAACCUUAUGAUAAUGUAAAAAAUGUCACAAAUAAACUGUCACUUUUUGAUUGCAACAGAAUUUGUGUUGAUAGAGAGUUGCAUAGUUUUGAUCAGAUGUGAUCGAGAUAGAGCAUGAUUCUUUGGGUCUAUUCUUUUGUGUGCAUUCUGCCAAAUAAACUAAAUAAAAGAUUUAUAUAAUUUA